UGAUCGACAUGAUCCCGUCAUCCGCUCUUGGGAUACCUCUACCUGGAAACAGGCUGGUGAUCCCUGGAGUGGUCAUGAUGUCGACGAGCAUAUCCUUCAUAUUAUCUUGAACCCGACUGCUCCCCGGAGGCACUGAAGUUGCAAGGUUUUAACUCGCACAUAUGGGGUGUCAUGGUUCAUUCUCCGUCGAUGGAUGUUCUAUAUUCAGCGGCGACAACAACAAAUUAUCGCAAUGGGAGAUGCUGGAGCAUGCCCUCGCAGCGGCACGCGUUAAUCCUUUGGCUGGUCCUUCACGGGGCAAACAACAGAAUCGACAAGGGCUUCUUCAUUCAGAAAAUCCUGGCCAGCGCCGCAGGGCACUGAACUAUGAGCCUACCAACAGGCCUCGCGGACAGGCUGCCUACUCUCCAUCGCCACGCACUCACGCCGAGAGGUCUUCAUCUUCUCCGUUGCAUGAUUUCAGGACCUUUUUCAGUGGCAUCCGGCUGUCGUCAGACAAACAAAAGGAGCGUCAACCGAAACAAAAGGCUCUGGAAGUUAUUGAUGUUCCUCUCGGGCAAGCCACAUAUGGUGAUGUUGUUGGUGUGGACGACGGAACACGUCCAUACUCGCUCUUCUGUUGCCUCAGCUGGUGCCAGAAAAAGAAGAAGCCAGAUCUGCCACUGCCAGUCUACGACAGUCGACCUCAUGAAUGACACUCAAUUUUUUCAGCUCGACCAAAUCGAAUUGAAACCAAUGACCUAACCAGUUGCAGCCCGAGGCAGGACCAUCUCGCCUUGCAUUUUUUGAUGAUCCCGGUCUGCAUAGUUAGUUACAUCACUAGGAUCCUACAUCAUACUCGAACCUUUAUACUGUGGUCACCCUUCCUCUGAUGACUGUGACCUCCAAACGGACUCUUUCUUUUUACUA